AUGGCCUUUCUGGAAGCAAUAAGAUCUGCUGAAACUGAAGAUAUCCAGUGUUCAUUGCGUCGAGUCAGAUGGGUUGGGCACGCAGUUCUGAAAGAUGAGAGCAUUGCUUCUACUGGUCGGAACGCACUCCACUGGGCCGCUUGCGGUGGACAUUUGGAUCUAGUGGAAAAGUUGAUAGCCUCUGGUGUGGACAAAGACUGUAAGGAUCAAUCUGACUGGACUCCAUUAAUGAUCGCAGUUUCUGCUGGCCGCACGCAAGUCGCCAAGUUCCUCAUCGAAGAGGCCCGGGCCGAUGUGAAUGCAGUUAAUUCAACCGGACAACGUCCCAUGCAUUAUGCAGCCUCUAAGAAUCGAUUGGAAAUAGCCCAGUGUCUGUUGAGUGCCGGGGCUCGCGUGGACAUACGUGACUGGGGUGGAACCACUCCGCUUCAUCGUGCCGUUUCUCAAGGAAAUUUGGAUAUGGUCAAGUUGAUUCUUGAACAGGCAUCCUCUACUGAUGUCACAAACAUUGCCGACAACGAAGGCUCUACUCCACUUCACUAUGCUUGCGAGGAAGACAAUAUGUCAGCGGUACGACUGCUUCUAGAUGCUGGCGCCUCCGUUUCCUACAAAAACAAAGCUGGAAAAACCCCUUUGGACGUGGCACCCGACGUGCUGCGAUUAAACCUGACGAAAUUGUUGACAGAAACGGGUGUUCUCCGGAUCAAGAUCCAUCCAUGA